CCAUUCAUAUCCUUCAUGGCACGAGUGGUCAAGUCCUUCAUCAACGGCAAGUACGUGGCGCCCCGGGCGUCGGCGCCGAGCUUCACGCUUCUUAAUGCCACGACGCGGAAGCCCGAGACGUCGUUUACCGCUGCAGACAAAGCGCAAGUGGAUGAGGCCGUGGGUGCCGCCCGAUCGGCUCAAAAACACUGGCGUCGUCUGAGUCCUGCUGAGCGUGGCUCGAUCCUCCGCAAAGCCGCAGACAUCCUGACGGCCAAGACGGACGAGAUUGCAACUUUAGAGACCAUCGACACGGGACGUCCCAUCGCUGAGACGAUCGUCACGGACGUACUAAGCGCUACGGACUGUUUGAACUACUAUGGAGGUGUAAGCCCGUCUGUCGGGGGUCAGCACUUGGAGCUCACGGGAGGCAGCUGGGCCUAUACAAAACGCGAGCCACUGGGUGUCACUGCUGGCAUCGGAGCCUGGAACUACCCGCUGCAGAGUGCGGCGUGGAAGUCUGCGCCCGCUCUGGCGUUCGGUAACUCGAUGGUUUUCAAGCCGUCUGAGGAGACGCCACUUACAGCUUUGAAGCUGGCUGAAGCCUACAUGGAAGCAGGUGUGCCUGAGGGAGUUUUCAACGUGGUAUUGGGAGCAGGAGAGACUGGACAAGCUCUAGUGGAGCACCAGGAUGUCGCCAAAGUCUCGUUUACUGGCUCUGUUGGAACCGGACGCAAUGUGUAUGCAGGUGCAGCAAAGGACCUGAAGAAGGUCACUAUGGAACUUGGAGGCAAAUCGCCACUUAUUGUCUUUGACGACGCAGAUAUCGAGCAGGCAGUGGCCGGUGCUAUGAUGGGCAACUGGUACUCGUCCGGCCAAGUGUGCUCCAAUGGCACGAGAGUGUUUGUUCAACGUAAGAUCUUUGAUAAGUUUGUGCAGCGUAUGCAUGAACGCACAUUGAAGCUGCGUAUUGGUGAUCCGUUGGACCCAAGCACGGAUAUUGGACCCAUGAUCCAUGAGAAGCACAUGAAACUGGUGGAAAGUUACAUCGAAAAGGGUGUGGCUGAAGGUGCCACGUUGCUGAAGGGAGGAGGUGAGCGUAUCAUGCCGUCUGAGGCCACCAAGGACGGCUUCUUCCUCACCCCUGCGAUCUUCGUGGACUGCAAGGACGACAUGACCAUUGUACGCGAGGAGAUCUUUGGCAUGGUCAUGUGCAUUCUGCCGUUUGAUACCGAAGAAGAAGUGCUGACACGUGCGAACGACACGAUCUUCGGCCUUUCGGCUGGCGUCUUCACUAAGGACAUCACGCGUGCUCACCGCAUGAUCGAUGAGCUGCAGGCAGGCACGACGUGGAUCAACAACUACAACCUCGCGCCAGUGGAGACUCCGUGGGGUGGCUACAAGAAGUCCGGCGUCGGUCGUGAGAACGGACUUGCCGGUGUUGACUCGUGGACGCAGCUGAAGUCCGUGUACGUCGAGAUGAACGAGGUCUGGUGCCCUUACGCCAAGUAGGCACAAAUCGACCUCGCGAAGACCACCGGAUCACUAAACAAAUGUAAGUAGCCGGGUUUGUGACAACGUUGUUUUACUCUUUUGCUAUGCUUUAGUUUAUCUUGGCCUAUGAUCAUGGAAUUGUCCUAGAAUGUGUACUCAGUGGUGGCCUCUUCACGUCGCAUUUGAGAGCUUUUACUUGUGGGUGAAGGGCGAGGUGUCACUUGUGUUUUGGGAGCACUACUGCCACUGAAGGCAAGAGCCAGGAAGUCUACGUUACCACAGCUACUAGUGCCUGGAUAUGGGGGCGGUGGUGGGAGCGGAGUUGUAUCUACCGGUUCAUCUUCAGAGCCCUCAAAGUCCGGUGCUGACGGAGGAUACAAUGAGCCUAUUGGGGGCAUCAUGCAGGUCACACUCGGCGAAGAUUGAGCAAUCAAAUUCUCUAUCUUCGGUGAGUUCAUCGCUACAUCAACCAUCGUCUUGGCUGGGAUCAGCAAUGAGGCAGAAACACUGGUGCCUGCUGUUGUCUUCACGUUGGGGGACAGCGAGAUGUGGCCGACACACAUCUCACAGAACGACGAGGUCAUCGGGUUCAGGUACGUGCACUGUCCGCAGCUCCAAGUCCCGCUAGUUUCGCUGAUGUCUCGUUGGGAUGGCUCGCCAAGCGCUACAGCGUGCGAUGAUUGGUCUGGAGCCAAUUCACUCUCUUCACACUCUUCAGCAAUCUCCGCUUCGACGGCGUGCGCUUCAACAACAUCACUUUCAUCGCCCUGAGACUGCUCCAUGCCUCCAUGCAAACUCAGCAAGGUAGUCGCUGCCUCUCCAUUGUCAUAAUUGCUGUAGUAGUUCUCGUAACCUGUGCUGUCUUCGUAAGAGGGCGGGCUGUCAAUUGCGGAAUAGGCAGCGUGGUUAUAGUCGUAAUGCGCUGCUGUCGAGCCUGUGGAAGAAUAGCCGUAGUCACUUGGGUUGUAGUAAUUUGUCGUUGUCUGGUCAGCUCUUUCUGCAGAGCCAUAACCAGUUGAAGCCUCUGUCCAC